AUGGGAAGCCAGAAACGGAUAGCUAAGGAGCUCGCCGAGCUUGUCGAGUCUCCCCCGGAGGGCAUCGUGGUGAAGUUGGCCGACGAAUCCAACCUUUACACAUGGAACGUAUAUAUGGAUGGACCUGAGAAAUCUCCUUACCAGAACGGCAAAUUCCUACUCAACCUCUCCCUCCCCACCGAAUAUCCCUUCAAACCUCCUACUGUCUCCUUCAAAACGAAGAUAUACCACCCCAAUGUGACCAACGAUGACAAGGGAAGCAUGUGUCUGGGCAUGCUUCGCGCGGACGAGUGGAAACCUAGCUCCAAAAUCCUGGCGGUACUGCAGUUCGCGCGUCAACUGCUAGCGGAACCGAUGCCCGAUGAUGCCGUCGAGGGACGGAUUGCAGAGCAAUUCAAGAAUGACCACAGUCGGUAUGAGGAGGUCGCGAAGGAGUGGACACGCAAGUAUGCCACUCUUUAG